ACAUCGCUGAUUGGAAUUUUUUGCCAGUUUAAACUUCAAUGUCUAUAAUUGUAACAUUGUUUUGGCAUUCUGUGAGUUACAUUUAAUAUUCGUUUACCUCUUAUCGUGACUGUGCAGCUGAAAAUGUAAAUAUUUGUUUAGCCAUGUCAAGAAAUAUUAAAAAUAUAGUAUUAGGCGGCGGCACAGGAUUUAUAGGAACACAUUUAUUGUCGGCAUUAAAAAAAAAUGGACAUGGUGUCACAAUUAUAUCUCGAAUGCCAGGUCCAUGUCGGAUGUCAUGGCAUGAUGUGGAAAAAAUGGGCCUGCCUGAAGAAACUGAUGUAGUAAUAAACUUGGCAGGACAGAAUGUAAUGGACAUUUCCCAAAGAUGGUCUUCAGGAUUUAAACAGAACGUUUUUAAUUCUCGUGUGUUGACAACGUCUACGUUAGUUAAGGCCAUUGUUAAUGCGAAAAAGAAGCCUGAAGUGUUUGUCUCCAUUUCUGGUGUUGGUGGCUACAGACCUGACGAUCAGAUUGCCUAUACGGAGACUUCCCCGCUAGAAAAUUUUGAUUUUUUUUCGAAACUAUGCCUGGAAUGGGAAAAAGCUGCUGUUAAUCUAAUUAAGGAGAAGGAUAUUUGUCGUUAUGUAAUAAUUAGAAGUGGAGUAGUAUUAGGUCGGGAUGGUGGAAUGAUAAAGCAACUGUACUUACCGUUCUACCUAGGUUUAGGUGGACCUGUUGGCAAUGGAAUGCAGUAUAUGCCGUGGAUCCAUAUAGAUGACUUAGUGAGAUUAAUUAUAUUUUCUAUAGGGUACCCAAAGGUAUCAGGAAUUUUAAAUGGUGUGGCACCCACUCCAGCCACUAAUAAAGAAUUUUCUAAAGCUUUUGCACAAGCCUUAAAUCGUCCUGCUAUAUUUCCAGUACCAAAAUUUGUGUUAAAUGCCAUUUUAAGUGAAGAAAGGGCAAAUAUGAUAACAAAAGGCCAAAAAGUCAUCCCAUCGAGACCUCUAGAGCUAGGAUUUAGUUAUAAAUAUCCUGAUAUUAGAAAAGCAUGUCAAAGUUUUGCCACAAAGUAAAUAUUUAUUAAAAAAUUGUUAGUGUAAAAAGUAUUUGUUGAAAUUUGUGAUAGAACAUUACUAAAAAAGUACUAUUGUUAUGAUUAAAUAAAAAAUUUUAAUAUA